AUGGUUGGCCAAGAGUUCCUCGACCUUUUCCAGAAGUUCCGAACGUCUGCGUACCUCUCGCUCGAGGACUUUGCGGAUCGACUAAAUCUCUUCACGGUGAUCAUUUUCCUCAUUUCGUGCCUCUUUAUUUCCACGAAGCAAUACGUAUUUAACUCUAUCUCUUGUUAUACACCUGUGGAACCCUCGGGUGGGGCCUUCAAGGACUUUGUUUCAGACUUUUGUUGGGUUCAUGGAACCAUUCCCUUCCGUCCAAAUGAGGCCCUUCCAACAACGGAGGCUGAGUGGAAUCGAUACGACCAAAGCAGACGAAUAAGUGAGUCAUUGCUAAGCUUAAAUACACAUUCACACUGCAGAACAAAACAUAUAUUCUGGAGUCCCUGCUAUGAGGUGUGGCUAUGUAGUUCUGUCUGGCGCCAUAACCUACGGACAAGAAGGCACACCCUAGUAAGCAGUGCCCCUUAAAACUGGAUACAAAAUAUGGGGAAUUGCUCGUAUUCAUAUAACCAUGAGUACUUGAGAGCCCUCGUCAGAUUUGCCAGACUCCGUAGAUGAUGAGAGUUUGGCGUACACAACGUUGCUCUGUUCAUUGGGAGAAAUAAAAACAUUUAAAUGCAGGCUUGACUGUGAGAUGUUGGUUCGCUAAACGAUUAUGCCUUAUAAGUAACCUGCCUUCUGAAAACAAAAGGCAGGUGUGUUAGUCAAGGAUGUCUGAUGAACAAAAUCUCUCAGACUAUCUGAACAAUUCUGCCUUUACUUGGCGCCUUAUCGGGCGUGUUUUAAACUGUUACCCGUGAGACUUAAAUUUCUAAAGAUGUGAACAACUUCGCGUUACUGCCGUUUGAGAGUCUUCAGUGUCAUGCUCCUCUUGCCUUCCUGAUAGUUCACUUGUCUGAUAAUAUUACCACUUGGACUGUUCGAGCUUUUAGAGGUUAUUUUUGAUUGGCCAACCUGCUCCGUUUCGGAUUUUCCUUCUACCCACCUUUUGGGCAGCGAGGCCGUGUGUCUGUAUGCUUUUCCCGUGCUAACGUUGCUGAUUUUACUGGACUACUCGGUCCCUCCUAUUCUCAACUCGGUCCUUCCAGUUUACCAGGUUGUCUUGUACUGGCCGCUGUAAUUGUCUUCUUACGUGAGACACAUUAUGUCUAAAUGGUGUCUGAAGCACUAAAAGUCCCCCGGGAUCAAAAUAUCAGCGAUUAAUUAUGCAUGCGAAAAAUUGUCCCGGAGGAGUGAACCGUCCGAAGCAAAAGGCAUCGAGGUCAAGGACUUUUCCUCUAUUAUGAUCGCACGUGGUCAAAGUAAGUGUUACCAGCUAGAUAUUGAGAUGGCCAAUUACUCGCCAGUCAAAUGAAUCGCAAUUCAUGCAGGAUUGAGCUGCGAUUUGAUCCUGAAAAUAUACGACCAAAGAGCUGAACUUCGUGGCAUCUGAAUUACUGGCUCACACUGUUGUCUGCAUCGGAAGCAUUUCACCCUGCAUUCCUCAUUGAAUUUAGCUCAGAUCUGUGAACGUUACUCGCACAGAAAUGGGAACAUGUGGCUUGUCAGUUUCGUGUACGAAACAACCCAGACAUUUCAAACCCUCCGUCCAAACUCCCGCUGGUGUUCGCGCACUCGAGUCUGCAACUUUGUCAGGCCUUCCGAGGGCACUUACAGUGUGUUAAUGUUGAAGAAGGAGACACGAUCGCCGGAACAAGAGCUUUAUUAGCCCGACGUUUCGGAUUCCUACUCGAAUCCAUCAUCAGAGACAAAAGAGCAGAAACGGGUGGUUGUUGCACAAGGGGCUGCGGUAUUUAUAGGAUGCAGCAGCCAUGCUACAUCCGAACGAGAAUGGCCGAACACGCGGCAGCGGUGCGCAGAAAUGACGCCAGCUCUCAAGUUGCGGCUCAUUCGACGAGAUCCGGGCACACAUUUAAAUUCGAUGAGGCCGAAAUUCUCGCAAGAGGUGACAACCGAGUGAGCCGGGAGCUACUGGAAUCAUGAUUUACUGGCCCCCAGUCCAUCAACAAAUGCAAUGAACUUCCCCUUCCAUACUCGGUGCUGAGACUUCGCCUAGGCGGAGUAAUUGGCCACGCGGGGAGCGCACUGGUGAACACUCUUCCCAACACCCGGGUCAACGCGUCAGAUAGUCGAGCAAUCAUCACGCCAACAUCCAACGCACGUGAUGAAAUUGCAGCAAUUAUCGACUCGAAUGUCGGCCAUCAAGCAAUGAUCACACCAAGUGUGACAAUCCCGAAUGAAGGGGGAAGCCGUGAACGUUCAUAGGUAUGCGGUAGCAUGGCUGCUGCAUCCUAUAAAUACCGCAGCCCCUUGUGCAACAACCACCCGUUUCUGCUCUUUUGUCUCUGAUGAUGGAUUCGAGUAGGAAUCCGAAACGUCGGGCUAAUAAAGCUCUUGUCCCGGCGAUCGUGUCUCCUUCUUCAAGACUACUUCCUGGGACUCGGCUCUUCGCUUCUAUUGGCAGUGUGUUAAUGACUUUUCAUACAUGCAACACAGGUACCAGCUAAAAACUCAGACACGCGUGUCUCGCCGAUCUUGUGCCGUCGCAUGACGUGGUUGUAAGGGGCUCAGCCCAUCAGUAGGCAUUACAGCGCUCCCCAUAUACUGCCUGGUAUACAAACUCCAGUUUCUAUGCUCCCGGGUGCAACAGCUUCUAAGAGUUGGAGUGGUUGCUUUAACAACUUCGAAUUUUUCCCGCGCACAUUUCGCCGUCCUGAAUAUCGAGACUUCUAAGUCCUGACGACUAAACCCCCUGAACAUGAACACAUAGAAUAGGGGAGCUCGAUCGGUACGCAGUCAGAUAAAGUAGCGCUUUUCGGUACUUGCUUUUGGGAAAAAGGCCUAUCUUGAGGACGGCAUGCUUCGCUAUAAUCGACGGAUGUUUCGAGUCGGAUUAAGUGCACAAGCGUGCUCAUUUCACAAAAAAUGGGUGUGCAAACUACAUGGCUCAUAAAAUCCAAAGGCAGAAUAUUCCUUCUUUCCAAUGCGAAGCCCUCAGUUGGCAGCCGUACUGUGGAUUUAACACCGGCCCUCUGAAUCUUUAUUUUUGGUUGAGGAGUUCAGAUACUGAGCAAAUUGAAUGCAGCUUUACUUUGAAGUACAGGCCAGACAUGUGGGCAAAAAGAUCGUUACGUGAAUCUGAUCUUAGCGUGGUUAUUCAGAUCCCCUUAGACCGAGCGCUAUCAGAACUGAUUCGUUGAUUUUAGUCCGUGUUAUUAAUUUACAACCGGGUUGUCUUUUAAAUAAAGCGUGCAAACUUAUUCAAUUUCAUGGUUCCUUCCCCUCGGUAUGCAACACGCUGCACGAUGGCAACCGGCAGUUCGACCUUCGAUUUAGGCUAUGUCCACCGUGUGCUUCAUAGUGGGUGUGGGGGGCGGCGACGGUGACUCGUGCGUGGAAGUAGACGCUCGUAGCAUCUACCGCACUCUCUCCCCACCCGCCUGGGCCCGGUCUCAUGAUCAAGUCAAGAGGAUCGGAGGCGGAAGAUUGAGCAAGUGACUGGCGCGGCGAAAAUCCGCACCUAGGCGCACCAACACAUCCCCUGAUCCACAACGAACGCUUGACCAAGAUUUUCAAAAACAACAAAAAAGGGAGGCGGCACGAAUCCCAACUAACACGGCGUGAGCCUGCGACUGAGCCUGCCAGCGCAUUCCGAAUGUCGGAUGCAUACUCCCGAUAACGUUUGCCGGAAUCCGAUGAAGCCACGUGUUGGUCCAGCGCGUCUACCCCGUGGACCGUCUUAGGGGCAGCGGGGAAAUGUUUCAAUACCUCCUGAUAUCUACGUAGUUUGCCUUUUUGUAAAAAUUUUCUUGUUCCUCAAGUUUGAAUGGGAACGGUAAUCUCUACAUGAGAAGGUAAUCGUGACCUGCGCACUGCGUAAAGCUGUGAAGAAACAAUCUGAGGAAAAGUCGACUGCUUCAUUCUGAUUACUUUUAGCGUGAAAGGCCCCGUACCUCAGGUAGGAGAGCCCAGGGAUGAAUUAUUCUGAAGAACAGCGGUUGUUGAUAAAGCUUGGGUUGGCUGAUUCUAAUGGAAAACGCAGACUACCUGCAAAAUUCGGCAAAAGAAUAAGCAUACCGUUGAUUUCUUAAACAUCAGUCUCAAGGCUUUGCGAAUUCGCACUUUACAUCUAGAAGUUUAAUAACUAGUUACUCGACUGGCCAACUGGGAAAACUUCCCCUCCUGUCUUUAGGAAACGGUACUGAUAAAAUUAAGAUGUUAGGAGGACCAUUUGUGUCUUAUUUGAUUUCGUCAGCCAGUCCGCCAAACACAAAUCCCAGACCGAGAAGGUAACAACCCCGCAAACGGGACCAGUUGGUCAUGUAGUCAGAUACUCCAUCACCGAGGGAACGGGGAGAAGAAGCAAACUAUCGACCCAGGGCAAAAAAUUGUAGACUGGCGAAACUCAUUCGUGGGGGGCUUCGUCGUAUUUAGGAAGUUUCCACUCCCCAAGGACACAAGUCACUGAUCCGAGCGCAAGGGAUAAACGUGAAACCCUAAAAUUUUGCCGCGAUUUGGAAACUGUUGUCAUACUGCUGAAUGUAUUAGAUGGUGUUUUGGACGAGUCACUUCCUUGGAAAGUCUCUAUCUCCCGGAGCGGUCAGUGUCUAGGUUUAUUGUUUCAGAGUAUCCCUACCUGUAGAACGCGUAGUGUACACCCCGGAUUUGCACACGGAUCAUAAAACUGCGGCAAUACUAGAAUACGACACGCAUCUUCGUCAUCCGGUCUUCUUUUGGGGCGGACUAGCUGCAUAGCGACAUUUGUGGUGAAACGAAGUUCACCAAUGGGGUAACAGGAUAUGUUCACUCCCUUGCACCUUGGGCUCGAAAUUAGAGCCCAACUUAGGGCAGUUGCAUAGGGAUCAGGAAUACCAACAAUGUCAAAGGAGACUGGAAUGGCCAUUUCUGGCCCAUUAGUCGUUGUAAGCCAGUCCUAGCCGGUCUUGUGCUAGGACAACCUGAGGUUCAAAACCAGGGUUCUUUGAUUAUUGAGCGUAUAGCUCAGCGCCCUAUCACUGAGUCAGGGGCCAGUUGUCCUGUCGGUUUUGUUUUUUUGCUUGUCUCCGACUAUCGUCAAUUCAUUGUUAGCAAAGACCCGAGCCCAUAACAUGUGCGGCAUUUCGAGAAAUUGAAUUCAAGUCUGAAGGUGGUUCUCCUUGCAAACAUAUCAGUGUUCUCCAGCCUGUCGCCGUUAAGCACGCCUGCAUAGUUGGCUGGCACCUAAGACGAACCUCCGGACACUUUAUGGAAUCCCGUUUGUGCAUUUUCUCAGUCUCAUCCUCCUGACACUUUAGUGGAGCCGAACUGAAAGAAACCGCAAGGUGGUGGUCAAGCGAGUCUGUGGAUUUAUCCAAGCUGUCCCGUUUUAUCAGCCAGAUAGGAGGAAACCAUGGAGCGUGCUGUUACUUAUCAAUUGGGUUCUCACAAAGCGUUUCGUGCUAUAGCCUACAAGUUGACGUUCUUAAAAGAUUACAAAGAAAGGCAAUCCUAAAUCUGAGUUUUAAAAUAUUUAAAGGUAUUUCAUCUCUCCGCGUAAGUUGCGCGACAUGCGCACGAAGAGGAAGUUUUACUGAAUGGAGGAGUUCUUUGGGUAUGUAGCUUCCCAUGUUUUCCCGCAUAGACAUUCAUUUGUCUUAGAAUUCUAGUCUCGAAUCCUUUCAGGCGGUCAGAUAGCGGACCGAUAAUAACUAUCGCGCCUCUCUUGCCGCCAUCAGAUAAUAUUUACCUGUUCGUUAUCCAGCCACGUCGAGAAGUGUCGCCUACGUAUGGAUUCGAAACUUUUUCCGGUCGCAGCCGACAUGCUUCGCAUCCAUGUAUUAAUCAUUUGGUUGGGAGACGCAAUGACUAUGCAUAACUGAGUUAAAAUUGUAGAUGUUAAGACGGGAAUAUUUUGAGGUGAAGACUGCAAAUAAGACAGAACUGGUCAUUGCGGUCUCCCACUUGUCUGUCGGUAACACUUGUGCAUUGUUCUGUUAGAACCCGGUGAUCACUACAACUUACGCCACAUGAAAUUGCCUCGUUGUGUUUAUCAGUCGGCUAAAGCUAUACAUCGUUCCUGUUGCCCAUCAUUAGAGACGGUUGAAAGAGGCGCUGGCCUUCACACAUUUAAUAAAGUUCUUGCUUAACUUCCGACGUUUUCCCAUUUUCCCUUUGCCGACCAGCCUACUACCAAUGGGUGCCCUUCAUGUUGGGUCUCCAGUGCAUCCUCUUCUACCUUCCUCACAUACUUUGGCAGACAGUCUGCACGUCUCGGGCCGGUGGCGAUAUCUUCACACUCAUUGGAGCAGCUGCGAAGGCCGCAGUGGACGACCGGAAUACUCGACUGACCAAGGUCAACGGCGUAGCUGAAUUCCUCGAGGACAUGAUUGAAGAACACCAAACCAGCCGACGGGUACGCCAAACAUGCCUGGGUGUUACUGAGCUUCCCAAAUGAUAAUAACAUUCAUAUAAGUAAAUAAGGGUAAGCCUGCCUGAGUUUGCCCUUAGACAGAUUUGGCCCUGUUAUUUGCAUCGACAGGCGGGCCAUCUGAGUGACCAUGUAGUCCAAAGUUAAGGUUUGGUAAACAUUUGGGCAUUUGUGGAAAGUUAAGACCAUUGAGUAUUUCCUUAGUUGGCGCGUUAGUCAGAGUGGAAGCCAAAACGCUAAUAGGGUGAAACUUUAUCUCUGCUUUGAAGGAUGGGACGAUUCAAAUGUAGGGAUGCGUUCAGUCAAAGCAGUGAUGAAGAAGAUAUCACGAAUGAGAUCAGAAACACUUGCAACUAAACUAUUUAGCUGUUAGAAGCAAGAGCCGUUUUUAAAAAAGCCAAUAUUUCACAAGAAAACUUGUAAACAUUUAAUAGUCGAAGGACACGCACAGGACACGGCGAACAAUAACCCAACUCCUUCGGUUAAUACAUAUUGCUAUCAAGCAGAAGGGUUUUUGCACGGAUUUCAAAGAUUUAGAUUUCGCUAACGACGUCAGGGAUUUUAGUGCCAAGUUUUAUUUGAGAACAUAAACUAAAGGCCAGUCACCAAUUUACAUCAGUACAGUGAGUGGUCGAUCUCAUAAAAUGUUGGCCGAAAAUCGGAAAGACGUUUUCGAUCGGGAGAAAUUACUUAGGUGCAAUUGCAAUGCGAACUAGCUCGCGGAGUAAUCCCAUGAUGUUUCAGAGUUGCCAUGAUGUUGGCUUUUGAAUGCACUUUUUUCGACCUGUUGAAAUCUAACUAUGCAAAAGUGACUAUAUAAGUGGUAUGCAUCUUUUGCACUGGUUUUCGAUGCCCUUAUAAGUUCAAAUAUAUUUUAUGCAAACCUUGGAAGAAUAGGCUUUCUUUUGCUCAUUUGAUAGUAAAUCGUGUCCUCUUUAAAGUUGUUACUAGAAGGAGGGUUAUAUUUAUGUUCUGAAAAGUUGGCAAAUUCCCGAAUAAUUUUGAGCCAGAUCGGCCGUUUCACUAGUGUUUGGUGAUUUAAGUCUGCAGGGUGUAUAGUUUCCACGUAAGGAAAAUCGUAUAUUGUUCUGUGUAUUUAAAGAUAUACCACUUAGAGUUCGCAAAUUUUGCAUUUGAUACGAACUAUGCUGUCUACUGCCUGUUGUGUACAUAGACGUUGCCGAGUCUUAAAAAAUCUAAUAACAAGGAACUUUUUUUAUAAUCGAUAUAUAGCCCUCCUUCUAGUAGCAAAUGUAAGGAGGACAUGAUUUACUAUCAAAUGAGCAAAAGAAAGCCUAUUCUUCCAAGGUUUGCAUGAAAUAUAUUUGAACUUAUAAGGGCAUCGAAAACCAGUGCAGAAGAUGCAUACCUUUUACAUAGUCAUUUUUGCCGAGUGAGAUUUCAGCAGGUCGAAAAAAGUGCAUUCAAAAGCCAACAUCCCGUCAAGUCCGAAACAUCAUUGGGUUACGCCGCGAGCUAGUUCGUAUUACAAUCGCACCUAAGUAAUCCCUCCUGAUCGAAAACGUCCUUCCGAUUUUCGGCCAACAAUUUAUGAGAUCGGUCACCCACUGUAAUUGGUUCUUUGACAGAUCUCCUACACCCCUGUAGACAAAAUCAUGCUGUCUGCAGAAAACACGGUAAAAACUUAUACUUGUGUGCCUUUUAUAGGUUUCUACGUCUUCUUCAAUUCAAAGGGGCGGAAAAGUUUCAGGUUCACUAAGCUUACAAUUUUAUGAUACAACAAACUUCGAAGUGCCCACAGAGCUUACCGUCGUUCCUGAGGGUCUGAAGCUAAGUGUUAAGCAUUUCCUGAAAAACUGCACCACAUAACUCCAAAUUCACCUACAGUAAAGCUCCCUUAUGUUGGCGGGUUAUUACAAUAGAUAUGUGUAGACUUGCAGAUUUGGUGGAGAUUGCUAAUGAAUCUGAAGGUAGUAGGCUUGAAGGAAUUAUCAGAGGAGCAUCUCAACAAAUUAUGCAAAUCUCCGAAUUUAUAACAACCAAAAUAGUUAAUGCCUUAAAAUAUAAAAUUUGGGAAGGAAGUCAGCUUCUGUAAAAUAAAUAUAAUGAUAGGAGGCGGGGAUAUGGACUCCCGUUCUAUAGAUAGCCAUACUCCAGACUACAGGGUGGUUGAAUUUAGGACUAUUUAGGGCCAGGGUCAGAAUCAGGAGGGCUUUGCUUAGAGUUAGGAUAAGGAUGGUUGGGGUUAUGAGGGUAGGUGUUAGGUUUAGGGUUAGGGUUGAGGUUAAGGUCCAAUUUAGAACAGGGAAAUUCGCAUCCGCUAUGUUUUUACGCCGUUAGUACGUGGAUCCCUAUUCCGGUGUCCGGCUGAAAGCAAGAGAUAAACGUUUUUUUAUAUUUUCUAAGAAGUGGAGCCCAACUGGAAGGUAGAUCAAAAAUCUGUGUAUACUUUGGACACUACUCAGUCAGCGAACCUUUCCUACCUAAAAGGGUGAGCAGUCAGAAGCCAGUUUGCCACCAUGGGUAAAUUACUCUUAGGCAUCGAAACUUCACUCGCCUAGUAUCUUUUGCAUGGAAACACAUUUCAAGGCAGCUGAAACUUCGAUAAUCCGUCCCUGUCGGGAAGCAACUUAUCUGCGAGAUAAUUGAACUUGUUAGUACUCAUGGAAACUAUGCAAAACAAGCUACUCGAGCGAUGGAAAUUUUAUAGCCUAUGAAAUCAAAAAAUUUUUGAAAUUGCCAUUUUAAACAGAGAAUAUAUCAGGUUUUACAUAUAGAUCGGCCUUUUCAUCUUAGCUGGAUAAACGAUGUUUCGGUCCAGGGACGGCGAAGAUGCGUCGCAAAAAACGAUCUAAGCGCUAUAAUCCGCUGCUGACAAGAAGGCGAAUUUCACGGCUGUUGAACUGGCAAUAAAUGACGUCAGUAAAGAGCACAAAGAAACGACUAUGAGAAGUCAGUUCCGGUUAGUCAGGCAUCAGUUUCCUGCUUCGGAGGAAACAAUUGUCCAUGAAUAAAGCAGAUGCCACAUGGUGACCCAUUUUCGACAACCAUGAGGUGUAAUUCGCCAAGGUUACAAAAACGAACAUUACCAUUCAAGUGUGUUCUUAACCGCCCUUUUCACUUUCCUUAAAGGUGGUCUUUGCCUAUAAUGGCUAAUAAACAAUCUCAUUUAACUGCAAACAGGUGUAGCACAUACAAGAGGUCAGUGAACCAUGACAAAAAUUCUGAAACAGAGCAAGAAUGAACAAAAAUUAGUGAAACAUUUUCCUCACAUAAUUGUUUUACAACGUUGCUAUUCGGUAAAAUCACUUUAACUUCAAAGUCCUUUUCUUUUUCCCGGCAAACAAACGUUUUAAACUUUACGCAUUUCCCCUGCUCUCGAUCGCAGUAAGAUUCGUUUUAUAUAGCUCGGAAUGAAAGUGCAUUAUCGCUGGCUAACUUUCCAAUAAAGUCAUUACAGUCAUAUAGAAAACUCUCAUGGAGAAGGUAACAGCACAAAUAGCAAAGAUAAGAUGCACUUCUUGAUCAUCUCCCCUCAGUUACUAUGACAGCCACACUGGAACAUUCUGUUUUUACAUUCUUUUCACUACAGGGGCGGAGGGCCCAGAUUGUGAACAAUCUGUACGAUCAUUGCGGCCUCUGUGUGGUGAGCAAACGCAUGGGCACCUGUUUGGUAAUCUCCUAUCUCGCGAUAAAGCUGCUCAUAGCAGCGAAUUCGGCCCUUCAACUCUACCUCAUUCAGUGCUUCUUGGGCUUCACUGGCAACUAUGCGCAACCAGUCGAGAAGCUAGGGAAGACCGGGAAGGAAACCGCUGCAACAUAUGAACUCUGUACGUGCACACUGUGGUUUAUCGUUUUACCCCUCGUUUUGCAUCCGGUUGCUAUAGUCUUUUGGUUAACAUCAUAUUAUGUUUGCUAACCCCCCCAGUUUUAAGACAUUUAGGGCAAGAAACUCUGUUUUGUGGGAGGCAGGAUGACCUGUUAAGCGAAAGGGUAGAAGAUGCUCUGCAAUUUAAAUCUACCAUUUCCCCUCACAAGCUCCAGAAAGCACCCAAUGUCGACAAUGAUAGAUGGGCGCUCACAGGUCGCGCUACGACACCUGCUCGUCUCGCUGCGUCUCGAAGCUCAAACUAGAGCCGCAUAGCGGCUCAUAAUAUGCGCAGAUUGAGCCCUAAGGCACAACGGGGCGACUGAGUCCCGUAAUGCGAUCGGUAAGCACCCCUCUAUCAAUGUUAAUAUACCCGAUCUCAACCGAGAGGACAUCGAGCCAAUGGUUUAACGGUUAGAGCGCUGGACUUCUAACCAACCGGUAGGGGGUUUAAGCUUCGGGGUGGGGGUAGCACACCUCGGGGUUGAAUGUGACUGGCUAAUGACGGCCGGCAAGCCCGAAAUUAGCGCUCCAGUUUCCCUGGCCUUUGUCGCUAAUGCCAUUCUGCAUUCAAUAUAGUUCGAAUUGAAGUUUACCGUACAGCAGAUUGCUGACUUAUAGCCGUUUAUAAAGUUCGAUGGUAAACAGGUUAUGGGCAGGCAACCGCGUCUGUACAGUCAAAUUGAGUUGUGCUGCUGUUAAACGUAACUUCCCAGUAGUUACAUUUGAAUAAUAAAGGUGGCUUCUCAGAAAUAGACUUCAUGAUCUGUUCCUGAAUGUUCAUCAUGGGAACUGAUAUAUUUUCAAUUAUUUCAUCAAUGUUUAGCGGUAAUGCCCGUGUAAACAUUUAAGAAGUCAAGUACAGCAAACUUACACUUUUGAUUUUUCCGGUCUGUACAGUAAUAUAAAGGAGGGUAGAGUAACAAAAGUUAAAUAGCCAAUAAAAGCAUGUAUGGGGAGAGGGUUGAGGGCGUCCAGAGAUCAGGGGUCAGUCUAGUUCUGUCAUAGGCUUAGGGAGGUGGAUGGGGAAGGUGUCUGGCCAUUGGCUAUGUCUCCGUUUCUUCGCUGUAACGUGAUGUGGAGGGGGUGCGAGCACACACGCUGGGUUCAUCUUUGCCCGGCAGAACUUUAGCUAUUGUGCAAACGCUUUUUUCGAGCACAGGAUUGGGUUGACUAACUGUAUGGCCACUGCCUCUGCCGACGCAAGUAUCCGCUAACGCAGGAAUUUGGAAUGUCUCGCCGGCACUCUGUUGACGUCUACCCCGUGGUCGCUGUCAACUAAGUGAGCCACAAUUGCGAUAGAGAUAGGCUUUUCCACGCCUUGAUUUAGCCAUGCAGGAUGGUGCUGUCGCAUCCGUGGGCCUCCGGAUGUCGCUGUACUGUUUCCGUCGAGAUCUUUGAAAGGAAACUGGAUUUGUAUAGCAGUGUCCACUUAAUUACCACCCGACCUCUAUAACCUUAACAAGAACCGUUGUUAUGGUACUACUUGCUACAUUUCAGUAACAUUUUAGAUCGAAUUUCUUAUUGUCCCCAACCAAUCGCCUACGCUUACUGGCAUGCACCUAUGCAACUUCUGUCACUGGGGGUAUUAUUUAUUUCCCUGCACUGGAAACGACCACUUUACUACUGCUCGUACCACUAACACUCGAGACAGUUUGUUUACUUGUACAGACUUGACGCUUUUCCGAUUAUUUGCCACCUUUAUGAUACCUUUUCCAAUUUUUGAUACUUUUCAUUUGCUUUUAAACAAAUAGGGAGUUCUACGGCGAAGACAUACAUUUCCCUCAAUAAAAGUGAACUGAACUUAACUAGUUUUUCGACCAGUAGAACCUGCUCCUCAGGAGCAAGUAAAGUCAGAAUGAGGUUUAGAAUAAGCUCGUAUUUGUGAGAGUUAAAGCGUGCUUUCAGUGUAUUGGAAGAUUGUGACGAUCCCCAAAGCUCAGGUAAGUUAGAAACUGAUCAUGUAUUGCCGGUACUUCGGCAACUCGUCAUGUUUUGGACGAUGCAUUUACUCAAGCGGAAAAUUACUAUCUGGCAAGCAACAGUGAACAAAAAUAAGUCAAAAAAUUGUUUGUCCAGCGGCAGCGACAAUGUUUCUACUGGUAAGAACCUAUGAAUCUCUUCCCCCCCCCCGAAGAUAAAAUUACAAAUCUCAAUAUUAGAGUAGCUUUUGACCUACAGUUCCGUUUGAUUUCACAAUCUUCAAACAUAUUGCCGGGGGAAUUUGGACCAGUUAGUCCGACCUAGUUUAUUUGCCUCAACCAAACACUAUAAGCCGUCCAUGUGGCUCUUCGUCGAUGGGCUUCAAGUCCUACCGGUGAAGGGAAAGCUCAGAGGACUUAAGAGGACUGGGGCUUUAGUUCUUGGCUCAGUCGCUCUCAUCGGCCAUCCGGUCUCACACAAGAUCUGAAAAACGCGACAACUGGGUACAGGCCAGAAGAAAUUCACAGCCUAGGAAUGCAAUGGCGUUUAAAUUCGCCUCCAGUGAGUACAUUUAAUUUGGAUGCAUCCCAUACUAUUCGACAAAUCAAUGCAAAUCGACCCAGCCUUCAGUAUUAGUUCGGGAUAUGCGCACCCUAAAUGGUGACGCGGACCAGAUGCUAGGAAACUAAGUAGACUAGGCUAUUUGUCAAUCGAAAGUAACAGCACGGUGCAUUCCUAAUUUAUCUUCCAUCAUCAGUCAAACCUUACCCCAAACAACAGUGAGCUGGGUCCGCAUGCUCAUUGAGUUGAACGCCUAAAGUCUCCAUGGCUCUAAACUAGUGGCGUAAGGCAGAACUAAAUGUCUGUAUUUCCUCCUAUGAUCGAAUUAGUUCCCUGAACACCAUUUCCACGCGAGUUUCAACAUUCCGGGUUGUAGUUAACAGACUUUGAACCACCAGCCUGCGUGGCAGAAGAGUAAACUCAAUGACCCGUCCAACCCCAAUCUCGGGGCUUAGGCUUUUCCAAGCUGCAGUUAGAGCAUGGGUCGUUGUAGGACAUCGUGAAAGCCCGAAAUGGCUAUUCGUAUCUAACUCUUCUUUUUUGAUAAUACUUCUCGAUUAUUAGUCGCCCUUGGUAACGCGACGGCCUGUAGUGCUCUAACGGCAGUCCCGUGGCAAACCAAAACGUCCGCAUUCUCUUCUAUAAGAAAGUCAGAUUACUUAACGCCAGUCACACAGGACACUUGCCAAUGAUCUCAAAUUCAGAUCCUUGAAUCCUACCUUGGAUGGUUAGAGCUUUUAGACGGGCAUUGAUUAGAAUGUGGGCUUGCUACCAACUAUGAUCGAAAUGUGGCCUGUUGUCCCUCAUUCUCACAGUCAACCACUCUUUCGUGCUGCGAAAAAUAUCUAUCGAACACGUCGUUCACCAGAUGCUCCAAAUAAACAAGCACUUAUUCUUUAUGUGUAGGGAAGAAGAAGGCUGUUCGAUCCCUGGAACCAUUUGUUUAUUCGUUUAAGAUCUCGAGCUCGUGCAGGCGUCCGUUGUCGGAGAUGAAAGAGGCAACAAAACACUCAACAGCCAGUCGAACAUCAGUGACGCAGGUCUGGAGCUCGAAAGCUCAGAAAAAUAAAAAAUGGUUUCGGCCAUCAAACGGUCUUCUUCCUUACUCAUAUAUACACUUGCAACUCAAAAAUCCGCCUCCAUUCAUGGGUAAUUUUUUUAGCAAUUUACACCAACAGAUUUCCUCUAUCUUCUAGACACGUCCCUAUUCAGCUGGACACCUAGGUACAUUAUAAGAGUCAAGUCUGCGAAAGAGGGAACUUUAUUUGGAAGGAGGGAAGGCAAUCGUCUGAGUGCCCACGUAUCUCUGUUGGCUCCUCCUGAUUUAGUCUUUCAUGACCCCUGCACUUUGAAUUCGUAGCUGCGAAAUCCAUACCAUCUUUUGCUGCCUUUCAGACUUUCAAACUUAGAGAGUAACCUUAUUCCUCCUGCGCACCGAUAAACCUUUCAGCGGACUACCCUCAGGGCUACAACUUUGGAUGGACUCUCUUGAAUUACAUUCGGACCGGUCGAGAGUGGCCACACACACUACUUUUCCCGCGGGUCGCCUACUGUCGAGUGCCCGGUAUCCGAACGGUGGGUGGAGAUAACGCCUACACCGCCCAAUGCGCUCUCCCAAUCAAUAUGCUCAACGAGAAACUCUACAUCUUCCUCUGGUUCUGGAUCUGCUUCCUGCUAGCCGUCACCUGCGGAAGCAUCCUGCUCUGGUUACUUCGUAUUGUCAGUCCCUUCCACCGCAGGCGAUUUGUCCGGCGCUACCUUCGUGCUCACAAGCUCCAGACGCCAAAGGAAUCCAGGUUGAGUUGCUUGUUGGACGAAUUUGUGGAUAUCUACCUCCGGCGUGACGGAAUCUUCCUGGUUCGCAUGAUUGCCAUCAAUGCGGGUCACGUGGUCGCCUCUGAGGUGGUCAUGGUACUCUGGAAAAACUACCUGCAAAGAACGGAACUAAGCAUGCCCCCACUGCCCGACCAUAGUGACGUAAAAGAAGACCCCGCCAUUCCACUUGACUGCGUUUAG